ACCCGAAGCCGCGCUCGCUCUGCGCGCCCCCGAGGGCAGGGAGCCGGCCCGCCGCGCGUGCCCGCCGCUCGCUCCCGCGGCUCCGCAUCCUCAGCCCCAGCGGCAGCCCCCGCAGUCGCCGAAGCGGCCGCGCCCGCCGCGGGGAGGGAGGAGCAUCUGGGGAGGUUCCAAGUUGGCGGAGCCACUGGGACCCCCCCAGACUCUUCAGCGGCGGCUCGGGGCGGGCCUGAGACACGAGCAGGGCAGGGGGCACCGCCUCGUCCCUAGUCCCCGAGCCCCGAGCCCCGAGCCCUGACCCCUGCCCGCGGCCGCACCAUGCGCGCCGAGCCGGCGUGACCGGCUCCGCCCGCAGCCUCCCCGCAGCCGAGUCCGGCGCUCUCCCCGGUCAUAGCGAGCGGCGCCCCGGAGCUAUGAGCCAUGAACCCGCCCGGCAGCAGCUCCCGGCGGCCGCCCCUAGCGGGCUGCAGCUUCCCGCGAGCCUCCAGCGACCCCCGCGGCGGCCCCGGCCCCGCCGGCCCGGCGCCUGCCCGCGCCCUGGCCCGCGCGCCUCCUUGCCGCCUGCUCGUCCUUCUCCUGCUGCCUCCUCUCGCCGCCUCGUCCUGGCCCCGAGCCUGGGGGGCUGCUGCACCCAGCGCUCCGCUGUGGAAUGAAACUACAGAAAAAAAAUUGGGAGCCCUGGCAGAUGAAGACAACACAGUGCAAUGGAAUAGCAGCCGUAACACCAGUCACAGCAGCGCCACGCAGAAAGAAAUCACAGUGCCUUCAAGACUGGUCUAUUACAUCAACCAAGACUCCGAAAGCCCUUACCACGUUCUUGACACAAAGGCAAGGCACCAGCAAAAGCAUAACAAGGCUGUCCAUCUGGCCCAGGCAAGCUUCCAGAUUCAGGCCUUUGGCUCCAGGUUUAUUCUUGACCUCACACUGAACAAUGGCUUGCUGUCUUCUGAUUACGUGGAGAUUCACUAUGAGAAUGGGAAACCACAGUACUCUAAGGGUGGAGAGCACUGUUAUUACCAUGGGAGCAUCCGAGGCGUCAAGGACUCCCGGGCAGCUCUGUCGACCUGCAAUGGACUUCAUGGUAUGUUUGAAGAUAAUACCUUUGUGUAUAUGAUUGAACCACUGGAGCUGAUUCAUGAUGAGAAAAGCACAGGUCGACCACAUAUAAUCCAGAAAACCUUGGCGGGACAAUAUUCUAAGCAAAUGAAGAAUCUCAGUGUGGAAAGCAGUGAUCAGUGGCCCUUUCUAUCUGAAUUACAGUGGUUGAAAAGGAGAAGGAAGAGAGCAGUGAAUCCAUCUCGUGGUGUGUUUGAAGAAAUGAAAUAUUUGGAACUUAUGAUUGUUAAUGAUCACAAAACGUAUAAGAAGUAUCGCUCUUCUCAUGCACACACCAACAACUUUGCAAAGUCUGUGGUCAACCUCGUAGAUUCUAUUUACAAGGAGCAGCUCAACACCAGGGUUGUCCUAGUGGCUGUGGAGACCUGGACUGAGAAGGAUCACAUCGACAUCACCACCAACCUUGUGCAGAUGCUCCAUGAAUUCUCCAAAUACCGGCAGCGCAUCAAGCAGCACGCCGAUGCUGUGCAUCUCAUCUCGCGCGUGACAUUCCACUAUAAGAGAAGCAGUCUGAGUUACUUCGGAGGUGUCUGUUCUCGCACAAGGGGAGUUGGUGUGAAUGAGUAUGGUCUUCCAAUGGCAGUGGCACAAGUAUUAUCGCAGAGCCUGGCUCAAAACCUUGGAAUCCAAUGGGAACCUUCUAGCAGAAAGCCAAAAUGUGACUGCACAGAAUCCUGGGGAGGCUGCAUAAUGGAGGAAACAGGGGUAUCCCAUUCCAGAAAAUUCUCAAAGUGCAGCAUUUUGGAAUAUAGAGACUUUUUGCAGAGAGGGGGUGGAGCCUGCCUUUUCAACAGGCCAACGAAGCUAUUUGAGCCCACAGAAUGUGGAAAUGGAUACGUAGAAGCUGGGGAGGAAUGUGAUUGUGGUUUCCAUGUGGAAUGCUAUGGUUUGUGCUGUAAGAAGUGCUCGCUCUCCAAUGGGGCCCAUUGCAGCGAUGGGCCCUGCUGCAACAAUACCUCAUGUCUGUUUCAGCCAAGAGGAUACGAAUGUCGGGAUGCUGUGAAUGGGUGUGAUAUUACCGAGUACUGUACUGGGGACUCGGGCCAGUGCCCACCAAAUCUUCAUAAACAAGAUGGAUAUGCAUGCAAUCAAAAUCAGGGUCGCUGCUACAGUGGGGAGUGCAAGACCCGGGACAACCAAUGUCAGUACAUCUGGGGAACAAAGGCUUCGGGGUCUGACAAGUUCUGCUAUGAAAAGCUGAACACAGAAGGCACGGAGAAGGGAAACUGUGGGAAGGACGGAGACCGAUGGAUUCAGUGCAGCAAACAUGAUGUGUUCUGUGGAUUUUUACUCUGUACCAACCUUACCCGAGCUCCACGUAUUGGUCAACUUCAGGGAGAGAUCAUCCCAACUUCCUUUUAUCAUCAAGGCCGGGUGAUUGACUGCAGUGGUGCUCAUGUGGUUUUAGAUGAUGACACAGAUGUGGGCUAUGUGGAAGAUGGAACUCCAUGUGGCCCAUCGAUGAUGUGCUUAGAUCGGAAGUGCCUACAGAUUCAGGCCCUGAAUAUGAGCAGCUGCCCACUCGAUUCCAAGGGUAAAGUCUGCUCAGGCCAUGGGGUGUGUAGCAAUGAAGCCACCUGCAUCUGUGAUUUCACCUGGGCAGGAACAGACUGCAGUAUCCGGGAUCCAGUUAGGAACCUUCAUCCCUCCAAGGAUGAAGGACCCAAGGUGAACCUGGCCACGAGCAGGCUAAUAGGUGCUGUGGCAGGCACCAUUCUGGCCCUGGGGGUGAUUUUUGGAGGCACGGGGUGGGGAAUAGAGUAAGCAUCUUUCUGAGUUUCAGAGUGUUUCCGUGUGGUUCCCGGUGUGUGAGCUGACCCUCGACCCCUGACUCCCCCGUGUCGUCUCGUGGUGGUGCUACUUGUGCUGUGACUUGGACGUGUUUGUGUCGUGUGGUUUUCUCGUGUGGUGGAGAACCUUCUCCUGUCUGGAACAAUGUGGGGCAUGACAUAAUCCUGGGUGCUGAUGUCUUCUCCGCGGAGGAUGGUCCAAAAGCUUCCAUUGCUCCUCCACUUGAAAAGUAAUGCUAAUAAGAUACAGACCUUUUUUUUUUUUUUUUUUUUUACUAUUUAUUGGCAAAAAUGCUUUCACGGAAGUGUUUUAUUAGGACUCUUGUGACAAUUUGAAUCAUCGCCAGUCAGAUAGAUUCACCUAUACAAUUAGGAAUUACCAGCAGUUGUAGCUCCUUUUUAAGGGUAAUCUGAAUGAUAGCCACUAAUGUUUUCUCCGUUGAUGGAGAAUGCUAAAGGAAGCUUCAGCUUGUUGUUACAAAGAGGGUAUUUAGCACAUUGCCUCUUUUUAAAUAAAACAGGUUAAUAAUUCCAAUUUGAUGUUUACAUAAAUAUUUUGGCGCGAACAGCAUUAAGAAUGAAGAGAUAUUUAAUCCAAACUUGCAAAACUUCAAGGGAGCAGUUGCACAUCACCUGGUGGGUUUGCCUUUGAGGAGCCAGAGUAUAAACACGUGGCCUGCAUGCACUUGCCAUUGAGCUCUCGUGGUGCCUCUAUUUAGGUUGCGCUGCACUUGAUCUAUAUCCUCAGAAUAGCUGUCAGUUCUCCAUGGGCUACUGCUUUCAUGAGAUUGCCAAUGUACAUGUAGACUAAAAGAUUAUUGUGAUAUUGUGAUUUCCCCCCUCUAAUUUCAGAGAGAGCAUUUGCAAAUUACAAAAAUACUCCGCAUGCUGUCUUUUCUGCUCACUGUGGUGAUGUUAACACUUCACAGUGGCCCAGGAACAAAUUGCUAGGGUCUUAAGGAAUCGCCAGGUAACCUCCACGCAAUCAGCCCAAACCAUAGGCAAGUUGAGAACGUCACUCAUUGUCCCUUAGUCCCAUUGGUGGCAGCACACAGAUGUUCUCCUUUCAGACUGGGUCUGGGAGGCCCAGGGCUGGAAAGAAAUAGCAUGAAGAGGGAGGUCCGUAGGUCACAGGUGGUGUCGAUUCCCUAAAUCUCACCUGGGUUGAAGGGCUUUGACUAGACGUAGAUCUUGUAAUUCACAUCCCAUCGGUAUGGACUGCGAAGCUAGUAACCCCCGGGAAGCUAGAAGUACUUGAAAAAAUAGUUUGUUUCUCCAUCUUUGUUAGAAUAUAAAGUAUAUGUGAAGUAAAAUAUUUCUAGAAAACGAACUUCUAUAAAAUUUCACCGUGGGUCUGUUGACUGGAUUAGAUACAGAAGUAACAUUCCUUUCCAGGGGAAAUUCCACACACACAUGUGAAAUUCCUCCUGGGAAGAAAGGUCAUUUUUUUAAAAACCAUUUCAAAUCCAUUUUUUUAAAAUGUAAUUUAUUGGCUGUGCUAACUGAAGGGGUGAACUUUAAUAAUGUUCCCUUUGAGUCUUAGAGCUAGGCAGGAUUUGGGAGCUUUGUUGUAAGGCACAGUCCUUGUCCUCCUUCCCUUCCAGUGUUGUUGGUUUGUGGCGAUUUCUGGUUGUGACAGGUAAGUCUGUAUACGUGUAUAUACAUUUUUUCUAAAAAUAGAUGUUAUUCUUGGUGUAUACGCUGUUGUUGUCUAUUAGCUUACUGAUUUUUCCCUUUAAAUUCUAAAUUUUGCCAGAGUUGCUAAAAUAGUAAAAACAGUUAAAUUUAGUAAAUAGUAAAUACUAGUUAAAAAAUAAAUUAAAAUCCACAUAGUACCUGUAGUUUUAAUGCCUCCUAGUUUGACUGGCAGUGUACUGUCAUUUUGUCACUAAGGAUUCCAAGGACAGAGGCCUUGUUUUGUUUUGCUUUUGUUUCUACUCCUUAGUUUAUCAUUGUAGACCAGGAAUUAAUUCUCAGGGGUUAUGUACUGAUUCUAAUUCCAGCCUGUUUUCUGAGCCAGUAAGGUGCAAAUCAUGUCUAAAGCAUACAUUCUGUACAUGGUAAUAUAAAUAUUUUUAAGUGUUUUAAAAUUUGAGUCCCUAUUAAGCUUUGCGGAGGAAACACGUAUACAUGGAAUAAUGUUGCUUUCAUGGAGAGGUUAGCAAACUCUGUAACAGGGCAGAUGGUAAAUAGUUUUGGCUUUGGGGGCGACAGGUUGUCUGUCACAAACCUGCAACUCUGCUGUCUUCGCCUAAAAGCAGCUGUAAACCCGCACGGGGUUGAAUUGGCUGUGUCCCAAUAAAGCUUCUUUGAAAAAACAGUCAGCAGGGGCCAGAUUUGGCUUGUGGGAUGGAGUUUGCUGCCCCUUGGCGUAUCCCAUAAGCUUUAGACACAUCUGGGUUCAAAUCUUGCCUCCGUCAUGUGUUGACUUCUAGAAGCCUCUAUUUCUCCAUCUGUUAUCAGGGGUAGUCAUAGUCCCUACCUCUUAGGGUUUGGUGGGGAUCAGAUGAGAUAAUAAUGCCAAGUGCUUAAAAGUGCACCCCAAUCGUCAGGACAGUGAAUAGUAGUUAACCAGCUUUUGCAGCUCUCAUUAUUAUUUAUUAUUAUGGCCGUAUCGCUAAAGGCCACUGAGAUUUGUGUUCUGUAGAACCUCAAUGGUUAGUCUUAAGGGUGUGUCCAAACCCGGGAUUCCCGAGAGACCUCAUCCCUGAGAUGCCCAUUGUAACCCCCAUCUACCUUUCCUCGCACCUGCAAACACCGGGUGGUCUCUGAGUAAAAACAUCACGUGGCACACAAUUUCAGUGCUGCCGAAAGUGGCAUCCAUUUAUGUACACAGCCGAGGGCGCUGAUGUGAGCAGAAAAGAGAAUCUUUUACACAGCAAUGAAGGCACACACAAACCCGAGGGUUUCAGGGGAGCUAGCAAAAUGGGCUGUGACCUUGGGAACGGGGGCAUAAAAUUAGCACAGAAAGUAUUUUGCUGUUAGGGUGCGCUGUGCCUGCAUAUUAGCAUCCUGUACGAUGUGAUACUUAAAGUAAUUCUCAUACUGAAGUGAAGGUUGCUUACAUUUAAAAAGAGUGUAUUACCAACUCUCCCUCAAACAGUUGAAACAACAUUUAUUUUUUCCAUUUCCCCAAAAUUACCCAAAUGCGUCUUAUACUUUUUUUAUAUCUUGCCUUUGGAAGCCCGUGCUGCUGUUUAAACACUGCCUGGAUCUGUGCAGUUAAGAAAUACGUCUUUGAGAACAAGACUGCCAAGUCAGAUCUUUAUUGGUAACCUCCUUCUGACUUCUGAACUUUAACUGUCUCCCAGUUGGGCACAAAACAUGCAGCAUCCAGACAACUUUAUGUGCUGCUUGAAAGAACACUUCAGCAGGAUGUUUCCUGCCUUUCAUGCCCUCGUUUGCCAGCAGAUUGAGCUAAUUCUAAUGCAGUCGCGUUCUUUAUGCACUCUUACUUGUUUGAUUCAUGGUAUUGGGAAAGGGGAGGAGAAGAAAGACGUGUAAUGACAGCAAUUGGCGCCUAUUUGCUUCAAAUUCUGCGGAAGGUGGAUUUAAUGGAACUUAAUUGUCAGUGGUGCAGAAGCUGCAGAUGUAAAGGCAUUCAAACCCCAGCAGUCGUUAUCCACAGCGUGGAAAGUGAAAUUAAGCUAAGUCAAAAAGGUGAUUUAUGUGUUUCGCAAUCUUUCAUGCAGGGUUUUGACUUCCUGAAACCGCUCAACUGCCUUUCCCUGGUGGUAACGAAAGUGGUUGGCUCAUAUGACUUUCUUCCCAUGA